AUGUAUUGUCUAUUAACUGUAAUAUACGGAAGCAUAAUCCAGAAACGUAUUGAUUUUUUGGGUCUGAUAAGAAGAGAUAAGAGUGAAUGGCGCCAACUUAUAUGGGUGCUUAAAACAUCAUGCUCAUUACAGUUUAAUAAGAAAAAAACUCUUGAGCAGCCACUAAUCAAAAGAAACUGGGGAUUAAAAAAACAAGGAAGGCUAAAAAUAAACCAAGAUGCAUAUGGAAACAGUGAAUUAUGGUGA